AUGCCAACACAAAUAUCCCUUCUCGUCUACAAAGGCGUGCCAGUAGACUUCUCCAAAUACCGACACACAGCGCUGCACGCCCUCUACUUCGAGGGCCAAUACGAUUGGCUUCAUGCUGUCGGCGCACAUCCUUUCUUUAAAUUUCAAAAGGACACCGAGAACCCCAUGUCAGAGCCGCCAAUAGCUUGGAUUCCUAAGAUCAUUCUUGCAUGUGCUUGCACGUCAGUGCGCAACAGCAAUAGCGACCGAGACUGGAAUUGCCAGAACUGGGUUGGAGAGGCCUUGACGGAGCUCGUUAAGAUUGGCUGUUUGACCAAAGAAGAGCGCGGAGCGGCCAUUGGUAAAAUGGUGGAAACUAUCUUAGACGCGGAGCUGGAAGACGUGUGA